AUGCUCCGCCAGUCUCUCUCGCGCGGCUUGGCCCGGCGGCCCCUCCUCACCUCGGGCAGCAGCGGAGCCAUCUGCCCACGCUGCUCGCACACGAUCCGCCGGGGCCUGAUGGCCAGCUCACGCGAGAAGCCGUCGCGCCGCGCCGAGCUCGACACCCUCAACGUCAACCGCCUCGCCGCCAAGUACGCCGAGUACCACCGGACAAGGCAGCAGGCCCUCGCCGCGGGCGCGGUGGCCGGCGUCAUAUCCAUCAUCUACGUGAGCUGGAAGAUCAGCCAGAAGCUGCGCGAGGAGGGCGGCGGUGGCGGGUCGACGCAGCUCGACUCGCCGUUGCCAGCCAGCGACCCCAUCAACGACCCCACGCGCAAGGUGGUCAAGCACGACGAGAACGGCCGCGAGGUCGUCGCCACGGGAAACAGCUACGUCAAAGAGUUCCCCAGGACUGUGGAGCUCCCGGACUACGGGCGGCCGAGCUCGCAGCCGGAGGUGUCGAACGGGGUCACUGCGCCCACGCUGAUCGUGCCGCCAUCCGCGGCAGCCGGCACCGAGUACACACUGGUGGGGCUGGGCACGCGGUCCGUGUCGUUCCUGGGCAUUAACGUCUACGUGCUGGGCUUCUACGUCGCGACGCAGGAUAUCGCGGACCUGCAGCAGCACCUGGUGCGCAGGAUCAGCCCGAUCGCGUCGACGCUCGUGGCCUCGGAGAAGGACGACCUGCGCGCCCGGCUGAUGGACCCCGCUGAGGGCGAGCAGAUCUGGGACGAGCUCCUCAGGUCCGGCAUCCCGGCGCGGAGCAUGGUGCGCGUGGUGCCCGUGCGCGACACCGACUUCCACCACCUGCGGGACGGGUUCGUGAGGGCGAUCCAGGCGCACGAGGGUAAGGCCAAGGACGAGGAGUUUGGCGAGGCCAUGAGGGAGUUCAAGCGCAUCUUCAACAGGGGCAAGGUUCCUCAGAAGAAGGAGCUGCUGAUGCUGCGCGACAAGGCAGGGAAGCUCACGCUGGUGUACGACGAGGGCAAGUCCAGCGGCAGGGAGCUGAUCGGCACCGUGAGGGACGAGAGGAUAUCGCGGGCGCUUUGGAUGAACUACCUCGGCGGUAAGAAGGUCGCGAGCGAGGAGGCGAAGACGAGUAUCGUCAACGGGAUCAUGGAGUUUGUGGAGCGGCCCGUCGGUACUGUAGCCACCCAAGUAUUGUGA